UCUCUUAUUUUCAUUUUAUUUUCAAACCACACAACACACAACACCAUGUCGCUCCACGAAUCAACACCGGGCUUUUCCAACCACUCGAUUCUGCUGGCCGUAGCAAAGGAUCGUCCUGUUAACCAGCUCGAACUGCUGCUUGAUCACGAUGCCGAGUUGAACAUCAACGACAUCAAAGACGAACAAAACAGGGACCUACUCUACUACGCGGCCCUGGGCAACUCGGAGGAAAAUGUCCGAUAUCUGUUAGAACGCGGCAUGAAGCCCGCUGCCCAACCCACAGACCAACCAUCUGUAUCGCCCCUGUUUCCCGCCGUUAACUCGGGCAACGCAGCCAUCGUCAACCUCUUGCUGGACCACGGCGCCAAUCCCGAGAUUCGCGCCGCUGACACCGAGGACGACGAAUAUACUCGGGAAGUUGAAACUCCCCUCGCUGUUGCAGUGAAAGCCGAGCACUAUGACCUCAUGGAGCUGCUGUUCAAGCGUGGCGUCGACCCCCAUAAGGAGAUCAACGCAACCAGCCUCGCCCUCUGCUGGGCCGCUUAUAACUGCAACAUCGCCCUCGUCACCCGCUUUCUCGACAUGGGCUUCGACGUGAACAGCACCGCGCCUAUUGUGUGGUACAUCCGCUCCAGCGUGCUCUCCAUCGCAGUGAACCGUGGCGCCAAAACAAAAUCGGCCGAUGCCGAGGCCCUCAUCAAGCUCCUCCUCGAGAGAGGCGCCGAUGUCAACUCCCCCACGGGCUAUAACGAAAUGGCACCGCUGGCAUAUGCUACAGAUUCGCACUGGGAAGCAGCCGCCAAAAUAUUGUUGGAGAACGGUGCGAACCCUAAGCAGAUGGACGGUGAUGGAAUGACGGCCUUUUGGCGAGCAGCCGAGCAAAAUCAGGUUGGGAUUAUGAAGCUUUUCUUGGAUCAUGCGGUCAAGGAGGAAUGGAAGGGUGACUAUACACGUGCUGCGGUCUCGGGAGCAGAGCUGUACGAGGCCCAUGAUGUGUUGAAGCUGUUGAAGGAGCAUCUCGAGCGCUAUCCGAUCCAGCACUCUGAAUGCUGCGGAUGCGAAUAAACAUUGUAUGAGAUAAUAUGAAUUAAUUGAUUUCCACCCUUACAUUAAUCACUUGUCACACGUCCAAGACCUCUGAUGCUGCAAGCAACAUGAGCAGCGCACUAGAUGGUAUCAACCGUCACAAAGCAUACCCCAAAGAUCAACUACAUUCGCAAGCUGUCAAGCAAUGCUCCCAAGGCCCCAUGGAGACGGGGGUUUCAGGUCUAGACCUGGGCCAGAUCAUAUUUGAUUUUGUCAAUAGCGUAUUGCAAUGACAAUAGCCACUGGCAGCGGUAAUGCAUCUCAUUUUGAGGAUACAAUAACCUAGGCUCAACGGAGAUAGACUUGCAUGCACUGGGAUUAUUAUAGAGCUUUUCGGAUGGGUUCUGGGGUAGG